AAUUAACAAUUGCUGAAAAAUGGGAGCUUACCGGGCUUCAAUUAGCCAAAUUCUGAUAUGUGCUUUCAUGAUUAUUGGGGUCUCCGGCCACCCUGACUACCGGGAAGCACUCUCCAAAUCUAUUCUCUUCUUUGAAGGCCAAAGGUCAGGCAAGCUUCCAGCCAACCAACGGAUAACUUGGCGGUCCGACACCGGACUUUCUGACGGUUCACCAGAAAAUGUAGAUUUAAGCGGUGGCUACUAUGACGCAGGGGAUAACAUCAAAUUUGGUUUGCCUAUGGCCUUUACAACUACAAUGCUAUCUUGGAGUGUGAUUGAAUUCGGGACGCGGAUGCCCGAUGAUGAGCUUCAUAACGCCCGGGAAGCAAUUCGUUGGAGUACAGACUAUCUCCUCAAGGCCUCUAGUAGGCUUCCAGACGCUCUCUAUGUUCAGGUUGGUGACCCAACAGAAGACCAUGACUGUUGGCAAAGGCCGGAGGAUAUCGAUACCCCUCAAAAGGUUUACAAAGUGACACCUACAAAUCCUGGUUCUGAUGUCGCCGGAGAGACCGCCGCUGCCCUUGCUGCUGCCUCCCUCGUGUUCAAACAUGUAGACACUCAAUACUCUAAGACACUACUGGAAACUGCAAAAAAGGCAUUCAUAUUCGCCGACACAUACAAAGGGAACUAUAGCGAACAUCUCUCUUCUGUUGUCUGUCCAUUUUAUUGCUCAUAUUCAGGCUACAUUGAUGAACUACAAUGGGGAGCUGCAUGGCUUUUCAAGGCCACCAAAAAGUCUUCAUACCUUGAUUAUGUGAAGUCCCUCGGAGUUGGAAGCGAUUGUGAUACUUUCAGUUGGGAUAACAAAUUGCUUGGAACCAGGGUGCUCUUAUCACGGAACUCACUUAUUGAAGAAGAUGAACAUGAAGAUAGAGAUGAAGAUGAAGAUGAAGAUGUCUCUGGAUUCCGUGAAGCAGCAGAGAGAUUUAUAUGCAAUCUGCUACCAGAGUCACCAUACCUUGCAACAUCGUACACACCAGGUGGGCUCAUGUACAAAAUGAACGGAAGCAACUUGCAGUAUGUGACUUCCACAACGUUUCUGUUGACCUCUUAUGCUAAGUACAUGAAGCACUCUAAAAAGACUUUUAAUUGUGGUAUUCUGGAGAUCACUCCAACCAUUUUAAGGGAACAUGCAAAGAAACACGUAGAUUACAUUCUUGGAGAUAACCCACAAGGGAUGUCAUACAUGGUAGGGUUUGGGGAGAAAUUCCCUCAAUGUGUUCACCACAGAGGCUCUUCCUUAUCAAGUCUCAAAGAGAACCCCCAACACUUCGGUUGCAAGGAUGGUUUCACUUCUUACUUUGAUGGAGAACCUAACCCUAAUAUCUUGACAGGGGCCAUAGUUGGUGGACCAGACCAAUCAGAUAAUUUUGCAGAUGAUCGUGACAACUUUGCUCAAUCAGAACCUGCCACAUACAUUAAUGCACCAUUUGUAGGAACCCUAGCUUACUUGGCUGCCAGAUUCAAUUGAUAGGUUAAUUUGAGUUGGUUUUUACCAUUCACAUGUUUGUCAUAUUGUAUAACUUAAAAAAUGGUGAUUUCAAGACAUAAGUGUGAAUAUAAGUAUUUUUUU